AUGGCUACUGAUGGAGGUACGUUUGAUUUCAACAGUUUCAUGACAUUAUUAAUUACAGGAGAAUUACGGAGACCAACCAUUGCUGAUAGAGAAGAUGAGUACCGUUCGCGGAGACGGUUAGCAAUGAUAUCACCCGCUCGGGUGGAUCCAUUUGCCGAUGGAGAUCAAACACCGGAUCAUCGUCUGAGCUCCUACAAAGAUAUCAUGCUCAAUCAGCAACUAAAUAAAGAGCACCGAAUACUCCAAGCUGAAAUAUUAGAAAAAAGCAAAACCGGCCAGCUGAGUGUGGUUAAUAACGCUGCACCACCGACCAAGCGUCGGCGUUGGGAUCAACCUUCAGUGGAUACCACGGAUGAAAGCAAAUCUGAGGUGUCUGCAAAUACUCCAGCUGCCACCACACCAUCAAAGCGAUGGGGAGAUGAUUCGAUCACGCCUGUACGCCCUGGGGCCACCCCUGGAGGUGCUGUGACUCCAGGAAGUCGAUCUCAAUGGGAUGAAACUCCGGGCCGACCAAAGGACCCAUCCGCGACACCUGGUCAGAGUGUUCGUCAGUGGGCAGAAACUCCUGGCCAUUUGUCUGGCGCUGUAACACCUGGAAGAGAUGUAUCUGGAUCAUCCCUACUGGGAGGUACCCCCAGUGCUCGACGUAAUCGAUGGGAUGAAACUCCGCACACAGAGCGCUAUGGCGCGGACACUCCAAGCCACGGUGCCGGCUGGGCUGAAACUCCUCGAGCAGACCGUACCCCUGGUGUGUCAGGGGUGGAAUCGAUCCAAGACACACCUUCCUCUAUGAUAUAUGGACCAUCCGCUACGCCAUCAACAGCUGCUACCGCUGCAGCGGUUGCAGUGAAGCGACGUUCGCGUUGGGACGAAACGCCUCUGAAAGGCGGCGCUACCCCAGGAGCCACCCCUUCACGCGUGAGUACACCAGUUGGUUUUACACCUAGCGGCAUGAGCGUUGGAACACCAGCGGGACCAGGCGCUUUGGCCCCUGGAAGUGUUUUCACACCCUCUGGUACAACCCCCACUGGCAUGCGAGCCAUGGCUAUGGCUACUCCUGAUUUCGGAUCUGCAAAUGUUACACUGCCUGGUGCCAAAGUGCCCAUGACACCCGAACAACUUCAAGUGUACGCUUGGCAGAAAGAGAUUGACGAUCGUAACAGACCAUUGACUGAUGAAGAAUUAGAUGAGAUUUUGCCUCCUGGUUACAAAAUAAUGCCUCCGCCCACUGGCUACGUACCUAUCAGAACACCGGCACGUCGUUUGGUUGCAACACCAACACCAAUGGUGGGCACACCAAUGGGCUUCCGGAUUGCCACACCUGAUGUGGGCACAGCUGCUGGUCUGGGAAUGAAUGCUACUGGCGGAAAUGCCGCCGCUUUGGGUGACAUGCAACCGAAGGGCGCAAAUUUGCCGAUGAUGCGACCAGACGAUCUGCAGUACUUUGAGAAAUUACUUCAAGAUGUAGAUGAAGAAAGUCUACCACCCGAAGAGGCGAAGGAGAGGAAAAUUAUGACGUUCCUUUUGAAAAUCAAAAAUGGCACACCGCCAAUGCGCAAAUCUGCUUUGAGGCAAAUAACAGAUAAGGCCAGGGAGUUUGGUGCGGGUCCCUUGUUCGCUCAAAUUUUGCCCUUGCUUAUGUCUCCAACUUUGGAAGAUCAAGAACGUCAUCUUUUGGUGAAAGCUGCCGGAUUAGCAACUAUGAUUUCAACAAUGCGACCGGACAUAGACAAUAUGGACGAAUACGUGCGUAACACAACUGCCCGGGCUUUCGCGGUGGUCGCUUCUGCUUUGGGAAUCCCAAGUCUGUUACCCUUCCUGAAGGCCGUUUGCAAAUCAAAGAAGUCUUGGCAAGCUCGCCAUACCGGAAUAAAAAUCGUGCAACAAAUUUCCAUUCUGAUGGGUUGUGCUAUUCUUCCUCAUCUACGGAGUUUGGUUGAAAUUAUCGAGCAUGGAUUGGUGGAUGAUCAACAAAAGGUUCGAACUAUUACUGCUCUGGCUUUGGCCGCUUUGGCUGAAGCGGCUACUCCAUAUGGUAUUGAAUCCUUCGAUUCCGUACUGGAACCCUUGUGGCGUGGUAUUCGCACCCAUCGAGGAAAGGGUCUUGCUGCUUUCCUCAAAGCUAUUGGAUAUUUGAUUCCUCUUAUGGAUGCUGAGUAUGCGAACUACUAUACUCGUGAGGUAAUGCUCAUUCUUAUCCGUGAGUUUUCCUCACCGGACGAAGAAAUGAAGAAAAUCGUAUUGAAAGUGGUAAAACAGUGCUGCGCAACCGAUGGUGUGGAACCGGAUUAUAUCAAAGCUGAAAUCCUCCCUCCAUUUUUCCGUAGUUUCUGGAUACAACGAAUGGCCAUUGAUCGGCGCAAUUAUCGACAGCUGGUUGACACAACUAUCGAGAUUGCCAACAAGGUCGGUGCUGCUGACAUCAUCUCCCGUGUGGUUGAUGAUUUAAAGGAUGAUUCAGAGCAGUACCGCAAGAUGGUAAUGGAGACCAUUGAGAAAGUCAUGUCUACUUUAGGUAGUGCAGAAAUUGAUGCCCGCCUCGAGGAGCAACUUAUCGAUGGCAUUCUUUAUGCCUUUCAAGAGCAGAGUACAGAGGAUGCUGUUAUGCUUACUGGCUUUGGCACUAUCGUUCAGUCGUUUGGCAAACGGGUCAAACCAUACCUUCCUCAGAUCUGCGGGACCAUACUUUGGCGGUUAAAUAACAAAUCAGCAAAAGUUCGUCAACAGGCCGCUGACCUUAUCAGUCGCAUUGCCGGGGUGAUGAAAAUUUGUCAAGAAGAAAAGCUCAUGGGUCACUUGGGUGUCGUCCUCUACGAGUACUUGGGUGAGGAGUAUCCAGAAGUGCUCGGGAGCAUCCUUGGUGCCCUCAAAGCAAUCGUCAACGUGAUCGGUAUGACGAAAAUGACACCGCCCAUUAAGGAGCUUUUACCUCGAUUAACACCAAUCCUCAAGAAUAGGCACGAAAAAGUUGAAGAAAACUGCAUCGAUUUGGUUGGUCGUAUUGCUGAUCGUGGUGCUGAUUACGUUUCAUCCAGAGAGUGGAUGCGAAUCUGUUUCGAACUGCUGGAACUAUUGAAAGCCCACAAAAAAUCCAUCCGACGAGCAACCGUCAACACGUUCGGUUACAUUGCCAAAGCCAUCGGCCCCCAUGAUGUGCUCGCCACACUGCUAAACAAUUUGAAGGUUCAAGAACGUCAAAAUCGUGUGUGUACGACAGUAGCUAUAGCCAUUGUUGCUGAGACAUGUAGUCCUUUCACAGUCCUCCCCGGUUUAAUGAAUGAAUAUCGAGUGCCGGAGUUGAACGUACAAAAUGGAGUACUCAAAUCACUGGCAUUCAUGUUUGAAUACAUUGGGGAAAUGAGCAAAGAUUACAUCUAUGCGGUGACCACACUUUUGGAAGACGCACUAAUGGACCGAGACUUAGUGCACCGUCAGACCGCCAUGACUGCAGUUGGACAUAUGGCCCUGGGUGUUUACGGUUUCGGCUGCGAGGAUGCGUUGCUUCAUCUCUUGAAUAUAGUAUGGCCUAACGUCCUGGAAUCUUCACCGCACGUUGUACAAGCUUUCAUGUUUUGUGUCGAAGGACUUCGUGUUGCUUUGGGUCCGAACAAAAUCUUGCAAUAUACGCUUCAGGGUCUCUUCCAUCCUGCCCGGAAGGUUCGCGAUAUGAUGUGGAAGGUGUACAAUACUAUUUACAUUGGAAAUCAAGACGGUUUGGUAUAUGGUUUCCCACGGAUUUCAGACAGCGAAAACAACACUUACGUGCGACAUGAACUGGACUAUAUUUUGUAA